GUCGGGAUCCUUUGAAUAUUCAAGGGAAAUUUUUGUUCGAAUUUACGCCCUGGAAAAGAAUUACUUUGUGAUUUCUGCUAAAUAACUAGACCGAAAAUCAUGAAAUUUCUGAUUUUAGUCUUUAUUUUCUCGCGAAUUGUCGCCAGUAUUUCUUGUCAGUCAGUGCAUACUGUACCUCUUGGGUCUGAAGCUACUUUUCAUUGGCGCGUGAAUUCAGUUGAGGAAAAGGUGACGAUUGAGGUUCACUACUCAGGGGAGAAGUCCUCAUGGUUCGCAGUUGGAUUUUCCGAUCGGGGAGAGGCAAGUCCGUCGGACUACUGCAUAUUGUGGAUCGAUUGGCACCGAGGAGUCAAUUUCCACGAUGCCUGGGCAGACGACAAUGGAAGAAUCGAGACCGACGCGAGUCAAGACUGCACGAACUUCGCCUGGAGGAAGCCAGACAAAACGAACGUGACCAAGUUCACCUUUGCCCGCAAAUUUGACACCUGCGACGAGCGUGAUUACGUUAUCGAGAGGGGCACCACCCACGUAGUCUGGGCGAGGGGACGGGGGCCCCUGUCCUCCCUCGACGGAUUGAAUGUCGUCUCUGACUCCACGGCAUCGGGGAUGUCCAGGACUGAAUUACUGAGGCUCGGAACCCACAAAAAAUCGAAUUUUCCACCUGACGCGUGGAAAUUUCAACUUCUCGCUGAUCAAGUCAGAGUUCCUGAUGUAGAGACUACUUACUGGUGCAGGGUACAGCGAGUUCCUGAUGCUUUGAGACACAAACACCACAUAUUGCAAUUUGGCCCAGCGAUUCAGAAAGGAAACGAGCAUUUGGUGCAUCACAUGGAGGUCUUCCACUGUGCGGGGCCUCCAGACGCUGCAGUACCUGCUUACAGCGGUCCUUGUGACGCCCCGGAUCGCCCCGAAGGCACUCAAAUAUGCAAAAAAGUGUUGGCUGCUUGGGCCAUGGGCGCUGACGCCUUCAUCUACCCCGAAGAGGCGGGACUGUCAAUCGGAGGAGAGUCAUUCAAUUCCCACAUUAUGCUGGAGGUUCAUUACAAUAAUCCAGAGUUGCAAAAGGGAAAAAUCGAUUCCUCUGGUAUCGAGUUCUAUCUGACGGAAACACUCAGGAAGUAUGACGCCGGAGUCAUUGAACUCGGCCUCGAGUACUCCGAUAAAAUGGCCAUUCCGCCGCAACAAGAAGAAUUUGAGCUGUCCGGCCACUGCGUGACAGAGUGCACCGGCGUUGGACUUCCGCAAGAUGGAAUUUACAUUUUCGGAUCUCAACUCCACACUCACCUGACUGGCACACGCGUCAGAACCCGACACAUCAGGGACGGCCGGGAAUUAUCACCGCUCAACUAUGAUGAUCAUUACUCAACGCAUUUCCAGGAGAUUAGACUGCUGCCGGAACCAGUUCAUGUGCUGCCGGGAGAUUCUCUGAUCACCACCUGCACUUACAACACUAUGGACCGUCAGAAUGUGACCUUGGGAGGGUUCGCCAUAUCUGAUGAGAUGUGUGUUAAUUAUAUCCAUUACUACCCCAACGCUCGGCUGGAGGUCUGCAAAAGUGCAAUCAGUGAUGACGCCCUUCGCACGUACUUCAGGUACAUGAGAGAAUGGGAAAAUCAAAGAACCGACUUUGACGAUGCGAUUUCCAGAAGUUACGGAAAUAUCGAAUGGACGAAGAUUCGAGUUUCUGCGCUUCGUGAUUUGUACCAAGCAGCGCCUCUCGGCAUGCAAUGUAAUGGAUCAGAUGGUUCUCGUCUCCCAGGGCUCUGGGAUAAUAUAGCCGCGACGCAGGUGAAAUUACCUCUGGCACCACCCCCCAGGGAUUGUCCACAACUUUUUUCUCAUCUGAACGAUCUUCAUUGAUGAAAAAAAAAUACUCGAAAAAUAUAUUUUGAAAUAUUUUCUUCAUUAGCCCAUAAAAACGACCGGGAAGAUUCUGCAUUUAUAAACUGUUGUACUCAACGACUCAUCUGGAGUCUUCUACCUUAAAUCGAAUUCAUCACCAUUCACCACCUGUAUCUCAUUUGAAUGCUAUUUUCGUGUAAUCGACCCUUGUUUUUUUCCGAUAGCUGAAGAGUGC